AUGGGCUGCAUGCAUCGAUAUGGCGUCGGACAGCUUACCACACUGGUCACUGCGUCCUGCGACAUCACUGCAGGUGAGGUGCGACGCAGCGUACCAAUCCCAGAGGUACAAAACUCGGGGACGGGAGCGACGCCCGGUGUUGGACGAAUGACCGCCUGGGCUGCCACGGCGCUGGAGAAAAUAAGGAAGGGAAGCAGAUGGUCAACCGACGACGGGACGAGUCGACCGGGCAAAUGCCAGGCUGGUUGA